UUUAUGCAUACCGCAAAAGGCGAUAAACGCAAAGAAAAUUCGCUCCCGAAAGCGAAACAGAAUCCUUUCAACAACUUCAGUCGAAACACAGCUAGCUCGCAUGAUAUAUUGCGAAGUCCAAGGUCAAGCGCAAAACCGAAAGAUCUUCAAUGUUUUUCCGCGUCAGCAUUAAACGAAAAUUGUUUAUAUUGUAAAGGCGAGCAUCGAUCGGAGUUAUGUUCUCAAACCGACUUAGAAACGAAACUCGGUGUUUUAAAACAAGAUGGCAGAUGUUUUUUAUGCUUGAAGCCAAAACAUCGAGUUAAUGAAUGCCGCCAGAGAAGAUAUUUGACAUGUGAAAUAUGUGGAAAGAAGCAUAAUAAAUCUAUUUGCUCUCAAGCAGAAUCUAAUACACCCGAUUUGAAUAAAGAUAAUAAGAACGUAAUUACCGCAAUUUCACAUUACGAUAAAAACAAAACAAACUUUUCUCGCGGUAAUAUAUUUCUUCAAACAUGUGCAGCCCUAGUACGCAAUGAUGAAACAAACGAAUUUGAAACAGUACGACUAAUGUUAGAUAAUGGAAGUAUGAGAACAUUUAUAACACGUGAAGUUUCAGAAAAAUUAAAGUUAAAAGUAAUAAGAAAAGAAUCUUUAUCGGUAUACUCUUUUGGCGCUAAACAAGCAAAGGAACAUUCUUACAAUAUAGUGAGAGUAGAAUUAAAAAACCGUGAGGAUCCCUCUUUACGUAUUGAAGUAGAAGCUUUGGUUACAGAAAACAUUUCAGCCACUACUCUUCCUGUACCUAACAACAAUAUUACUAAAACGUACUAUAAAUUAAAGCAUUUACAGCUAGCUGAUAAUAUUGAUAAUAGAGGCAAGAAUAUCUCAAUAUUAAUUGGUGUAGAUUAUUAUUAUGAAAUCGUUUCAGGCAGAAUAAAAAGAUUAAAUAACAAACUGGUAGCGACUGAAACAAUUUUUGGUUGGUGCUUUCAAGGUCACGUAGGUUUAUCAAAUGAUUUAAUGACCAUGAAGAUUGUAGUAGAUGAAAAGGAUAUUUCGGACCAACUUAAACAAUUUUGGGAUCUUGAGAAUUUAGGGGUAGAAGGGGUUGAAGAGGAUGAUUUCGAAAAACAUACUGUAGAUAAAGAAAUUAUGAAACAAUUUGAAGAAAAUAUUGUUUAUCAAAAUAAAAGAUAUACUGUAAAGUUUCCUUGGAAAACAAAUAUGAAAGAAUAUUUAGCUAAUAACUUUGAAGUGUCUAAAAGGAGGUUUUCGCAUUUAAAAUCAAAAUUUAUUAAAGAUAAUUCGUUGUUUUUAGAUUAUAAAGCUGUUAUUGAAGAUCAUUUAAAAGAAGGUAUCAUUAAGAAAGUUAUAACAUGUGAAGAAGAAAAACCUUCAUUUUAUUUGCCUCACAGGGCGGUAAUAAGGGAAGAUAAAACUACCACUCGUUUGAGAGUGGUAUUUGACGCGAAUUCUCAUGCGAAAGGACAGUUGUCGUUAAAUGAUUGUUUACAUACUGGUAUCAAUCUCAUUCCAGAUCUUUUUGAGAUUUUAAUAGGUUUUAGAGAACAGGCUGUUGCCAUAACUGCCGACAUAAAGAAGGCCUUUCUGCAAAUACAGAUUGCCGAAGAAGAUCAGAAUUAUACUAGUUUUUUCUGGAUGGAAGAUCCGGAAAAGGAAGAAGAGGAAAUUUUCAAGAUGACUCGAGUUCUUUUCGGUGUCAAAUCAAGCCCCUUCCUCCUUGCAGCCACAAUCCAACACCAUCUAAAGAGGUAUGUAGAACAAUUUUCUAAUACCUGUCAAAUGCUAAGAAAAUCAUUGUAUGUCGACCAUUUAAUCUGUAGCCAAAGAGACUUUGAUUCAGCUUUUAAAAUAAGCCUAGAAUGUUAUAACAUCUUUAAAGAAGCGAGCAUGGAAUUAAGGAAAUGGAAAACUAACUCAGUUGAGCUUCGUGAUAAAUGGAGAGAGGUGGGUUUAGAAAUAGAUGAAGAAAAAUAUUCAAUUAAUGAUAACUCUGCUUUAACUCCUUGUAAAGUGCUAGGAUUGGCCUGGGAUUCCGAUUUAGAUAUAUUCCAGUUUGACACUCGAAGCUUAGAGAAAUUCCUGUCUAAAAAGAUAAAUUCCAAACGAUAUGUUCUUCAAGUAGCUGGACGCAUUUUUGAUCCAGUAGGGUUUUUAGGACCUUUUACCAUCAAGAUAAAAUGUCUAAUACAGGACAUUUGGUGCUUGGGAUUAGACUGGGAUGACCCUCUCCCGAAAACACUGAUCACUAAAAUAAAUGAAUGGUGCGAAGAAAUAAAAAAUUUGCAUCUUAUUAAAAUACCUAGAUAUUUUUUCGCCGAAGCGAAAACCAAUGAAAUAGUUGAAGCUCAACUACAUUGUUUCUCCGACGCCUCUAAGAGGGCAUAUGGAACUGUAGUGUACAUUAGAGUCUUAUUGAAAAACGGGGAAAUCAAAUCAAAUUUAGUCGCUUCAAAAAGUAGAGUAGCCCCUCUAAAGACACUUUCGAUCCCAAGAUUAGAACUAAUGGGUGCUCUUUUAGCAGCAAGACUAAGCUGUAAAAUAGUUAAGUGCAUUAACUUUCCUGUUACACGAUUCUUCUGGACUGACUCUUCAAUUGUUUACUAUUGGAUGAAGGGUGACCCUGAAAGAUUUAAAGUGUUCGUAAAAAACAGAAUUAAAGAAAUCCAAAAUAUAACCAAUCCCACUGAAUGGAAUCACACUCCUGGAACUGAUAAUCCGGCUGAUCUAACAUCAAGAGGGUUAACGGUACAUGAACUGAGAAACUCUAACUUCUGGUGGCAUGGGCCAAAUUGGUUGUUAAAAAAUGAAUGUAAAUGGCCUAAAUUAGCUAAAAUAAAUAAUGAGACAAAUAUCAAAGAAGACGCAGACAAUUUAGAAUUGAAAAAGAAUGUUCUAAUAAGUUCUACAAUAGCAAAAGUAAAUCCAUUAAAUGAUGAUUUGAUUAAAAGAUAUUCUUCUUUCAGCAAAUUAAUAAGAGUAACUGCAUGGUGUUUAAGAUUCUUACAUAAUUAUAAAUCAGCUCUGCAAAACAGAAAGAAAGAUCAUUUAAAUGUAAAAGAAUUACAAAAUGCUACAAAAUCUUUAAUAAAAAUUAUACAAAUGAGAGAGUUUGAAUUUGAAAUAAAUUGUCUACAAAGGAAUAAAGUUCUUCCAAAGAAUAAUCCCCUUCUGAACUUAAAUGUAUUCUUAGAUAAUGAUGAACUGUUAAGAGUAGGCGGAAGAUUAAAAUUUUCUGAUCUUCCAGAUUCACAAAAAUUUCCUCUACUCUUACCAAAGAAACACCAUUUCACAGAUACACUUAUAGAAUACUUUCAUAAAAAAGCACUCCACUCCGGUGUUCAAACUACUCUGUAUUUAAUUAGACAGCAAUACUGGAUACCAGCUGGUCAAGCCAAAGUAAAAAGUGUAAUCAAAAGAUGCUUAACCUGUUUUAGAGUAAAAAAUAAAACUAUUCAACAGAUGAUGGGCGAUUUACCAAGAGAUCGAGUUAUCCCAUCUCGACCAUUUGAAAAGGUGGGACUCGAUUUCGCUGGUCCCAUAAUUACUAAACCUAAUCUAAAAAGAUCUAGGGUGACUUUAAAAUCAUACAUUGCAAUUUUCAUAUGUUUUAGUACAAGAGCUACUCAUUUUGAAGUAGUGUCUGAUUUGACUACUGAGAGUUUUUUAGCUUGUCUUAGGAGAUUCAUAGCUAGGUGGUCAAAACCCUCAAUCAUAUGGAGUGAUAAUGCCACUAAUUUUAAGGGCGCAAAAAAUAUUUUGGAUUCUCUGCUAAAAGCAUGCAAAUCGGAUUCCGUGCAAAGAUUUUGUGCCAAGGAAGGUAUAGUGUGGAACUUCAUACCUCCAGCAUCUCCUCACUUCGGUGGAUUAUGGGAGGCAAAUAUUGGAGCUAUGAAACGGAUCUUGUUGAAGGUGACUAAAUCAACAGUGUUGACUUUUGAAGAGCUUACUACGCUGGUGACACAGAUUGAAGCAGUUUUGAAUUCAAGACCACUGUGUCCUCUUUCUGCCGAUCCAGCUGAUAUUCAACCUUUGACACCUGGCCAUUUUUUGGUGGGAGCACCACUGUUGUCAAUACCAGAACCCAGUGAUUCCUUGACUAACAUUUCUUUAUCUUCUAGAUGGUCUCUCAUCCAGUCUCUUAGAUCCAAAUUUUGGAAAAGAUGGAGUCAAGAAUAUCUCAACUCUUUGCAGUCUCGAGCUAAAUGGAAACUACCUGAACUGAACAUCAAACCCGGACAGCUGGUACUCCUGAAGGAUAAUAGCAAGAGCCCCAUGGAAUGGAACUUGGCCCGAAUUGAAAGGAUAUAUCCUGGAACAGAUGGACUAGUCCGUGUCGCAGACAUCAGAACCCCUAAAGGAAUUUUUCGGCGAAGUAUCAACAGACUCUGCCCACUCCCUUUCGAAGAAGGUGUUGGACAACUGUCUAACGGGGGCCGGGAUGUUCCGCCUUAGAGACGCCUUUCCCCUAUUCCAGCUGUAGUCAUCAGGAAACCGGCGCAUGCGCAGUUUCUGUUGAACUUUGAUACGCUUCUUUUUUAUUACUUU